AUGUUCUCGUUCUCGGCAUUCGUCUCGUUCUCACCGUCCUCAGCGACGUGUUUAGGAAACCCCUCCUCCUCGAGCGGGUCCAAAGGAGGAGUGGUGCGCCAGUCAGCGAAGCCCGGGGGAAGCACAGGGGGCGCAGGUGGCGCCGGAGGCGCAGGGGGUGCCGGAGGUGCGGGAGGAGCUGGAGGAGCUGGCGGGGCUGGGCUUGUGAUCAGAAGUUGGCAUGAACGCGCCAUGGUGAUCAUCGGUGAGAACAGCACCGGUGAUGAUGACGACGAUGCCCUUCACGCCGCCACAGAGAUGCGGGAGGCCAAAACAGGACUAGAUUUUCUAGUCUCCGUGCUCUCGCAUGAAAAAGAGAAGCAAGCUUCCUUCACUUCAGGAGCAUACACUGGUGACGCGUCUGACCUCUACCGCGGCGACGAUCGCCCCCAGCCCGCGCAUACUGCUAAGCCGGUCGUGGCGUAA